CGAGACGAAGACCGCGGCGAAGGCGAUGGCCUCGAUGGCGUCAAAAAGUCGCAUCGAGCAGGCCUCCAACAACCCGUCCAAAGCAAGAAUCGAUCCCAGCUUCUAGCAGGCCAACAUUCCGAACCGACGAGGCUGUCACGCUCGAAGUCGCCCUCGGCAUACAGGAAGAGACGGCUCGAUCGCGAAUCACACUCUCAGGACGACGAUUUCCAUGCAUCAUCGGCUGGAAGUCAAGACGAUGUCCCAGACGAUGUGCCCGAAAGGUCGCCCGAGGUUGGUCGAGGUCACAACGGAGACUCGUACGACGACGCCCCUUCAGAAACGUCAUAUUCAGACAGCCCGGUCAUGCCCAUGGAUGAUGAUUCGAGGUUGAGCGAAUGUGCACGUGACUCGAUCUGGACGGAGACGGUCCGCCGCGACGCGGGGCGCGACUUCACGAUAAGCCAAAGUUCCGCCCGAGCUUCACUGCCACCCAUCGGCACUCCCAGAAUCGCUGCUGCGAAACCACACCACCCCAUCGCCCACAGCGACAUGCACAACAUGCACAAGCGUCUCAAGCGCGAGUUGCCACCGGAAGCCUCCGACGAUGAAGGCCUCACCAAGCGACGCCACAUGCUCAGGAUUCUCGAUCGUUCGGAGACUCUUACGCCGUCGAUCGACCCACAGCACGAAGAUGUACUCGAGAACUCGCUCCGCGCCGUGUGCGGAGGAGGCGGAAGCGAAGAAGAUGGGUUGCAGAUCACGCAUCGGCGCGUCGACGAUACCAAUCCACUCCCCCAAGGCGAUCGAACAUGUGUCCUGUACACAGAUGAAGGCGGAAAAAGCGUGGCAUGUGCAUACAUCGAGAAUCGGAGCGGGAUGCCAGCGUGCAAGAUAUAUGUCGCGGACAAGACAGCCAUCGAUGUGGACGCCAUCAAGCGACAUCUGCGCCGCGAGCACGAGGAUUGCGAUGAGAUCCAGGAGCUCGACUUCACACUGGCGGCCACGGACUCAACCUACUAUCCACUUGUCGUGGUAGCAACGUGUGUCUGCCUGAAUCUUCCACUCCCACCUCCGAACGGUGUCAUCGCACAUCCACCCAUCUGGUCACACGCCAUGACCACUUUGCUCUCUGGGUCCAACGCAAAAGAGGACAGAACAGACACAGGCGCUGCGCUUGCGACCGUCGACAACUUGCUCUUUUCUUCUACUACUCUCAUAUCCAAGAUACCCGAGCCGACCAAGACCAAGCAGUCAACUCGUCUUUCUUUGAUGGGUAUGGGAGGUUUGUCUCAAUCUCACCGACAGCGCGCGUCGUGUUGCGACGCUCUGGAAACAUGGACAACUCUCGCCACAGGCCUCCUUGCCGAUGCCACGCUUAUUGGUUUCCUCGUUUCCGUGGCCCUGGACCGCCUUGGCUGUCCAAAGGAUCGACCAGAAGACGACGUCAACAUCCAACAAGCGAUCAUAUCCUGCGAAGCGUCUCUCGCUGCUCAGAGAAAACUAACGUCAACUGACUACACUCGAACCGAGAUUGCCAAACUGGAGAAACAGCUGGAAGAUUUCCGACGCAACAGGGCCGAGCCUCAAAACGACCGUCUCGAGCUGGUCCAGCAGCAUAUGCGCUACCUGGCCGGAUUUAUCGCUACACGACGCACCGAGUACGAGAUGGAUCGAAGAUUGUUGGUCGAGUCGGCUUGAGCGAACACAUGUCUGAGGGGAAGCUUACUUGCUGGACUGUACGAUAAGGGACUUUGUACGAUAGAAAUCCACAGCAGGGAAAGCGACAGGUUGCAAGAU